AUGACCACCGACGACGCGGAGGCUUGCCAUCAUCCCGCUCUCCCAAUUCCGCAGUCAACCAUAUCCCUCCCUGUUCAUGAGAUGGAGGUGUGGCGCAGGGGCAAAGCGCUGUCUCGUAUGGUAAUCACCUCGUUAGAGAGCCAGCCACCCCCAUAUUUCCCCCCUGCUUAUUCUUUGUUUCUCCCUGCUUACCCUUUGUUUCUCCCUGCUUACCCUUUGUUUCCCCCCCGCUUACCCCUUGUUUCCCCCCUGCUCGCUCUUCCCUCCCUGCUCUCUCUUCUCUCCCUGCUCUCUCUUUCCUCCCUGUUCUCUCUUCCCUCCCUGCUCUCUCUUUCUUCCCUGCUCUCUCUUCCCUCCCUGCUAUCUCUUCCCUCCCUGCUCGCUCUUCCCUCCUUGCUCUCUCUUCCCUCCCUGCUCUCUCUUCCCUCCCUGCUCUCUCUUCCCUCCCUGCUCUCUCUUCUGUGGUGCAGCUCAUCAGGCAUGAAGCAACCAAGCAGACAAGUUAGUUAG